AUUUUUUCCUCUUUUUUUCUCUCCCCUCUCUCUCUCUCUCUCUCUUGAUGGCAUAAUUAUUUACUGAUCACGAAAAGUAUGCGGUUAGGGUGGAAUUUGAAGUUUAAAAACUUUUUUUUUAAUGAUUUUUGGACCCGUGCACAGUUCUUACAAUUACAUUUAUAUUCCCAUGCAGUUUUUUUUGCUGCUGGUCGCGACGCGUGUGUGGACUUUUAAUACAUUUUUUGUUUGCUGGGGAAAAGGGAAAUAAUCUGUUCUGUGUGCCAGGAGAGAGGAGGAGGGGAAAGAAGUGAAACAUUUAUUUGGCGAGCUUUUAAAACGUUCCUUCCAUUUCGUGUUGCACAUAUAUGAACAUAAGUUGUGCAGGGUGUAUGGUGUCUGGCGAAAUGUUGCAGAUUCGCGAGUGGAGGGGUGGGGGCUGCUAAUACGGGGAAGAGAUGUUUAAAUGAAUGAUUUAAAGGACGUAAUUUAUUCGUGUGUGUGGAUCGUGUGACUUGGAAAUAAGGGGAAUAUAGAUAUAAAUAUAUAAAAUAAACAUUUGGAAAGGGUGAAACACGUGGCGGAGAAGCGAAUGUCAUCCCAGCACCAACGCCGUGAAGUUCAUCCAAUUUUUAUCCAAGAGAUCUCAUCUUCAGGAUGUCAAUGAACAGUUCCAUUGCUACUGGUAAAUGUGUUGAUGCGAGCGCGGUUGAUACUUACGACAGUGGCGAUGACUGGGAAAUUGGAGUGGGAAAUCUGAUCAUCGAUUUGGAGGCCGAUUUGGAGAAAGACAGGCAGAAAUUGGAAAUGAAUAAUUCGAGCAGCAAUAACACCAUUGCAACCAACUCCACCAAGGACUGCGGAGGUUUGGCUCCAAGUGGUGCUAGUGCAGCAGCAGCAGCAGCAGCAGCAGCAGCAGCAGCCCUUUCGGAUAGCCUCAAAUUCACAUCCUCUUCCGUCCAGCCUCCCCAAGGAAAUUCCCACAAGGAGACUGGCAAAUCCAAAGUGAAAAGAAGCAAAACUUCCAAGGAUGCUAAUAAAUCUCUCUCCUCUGCCUCACUGUAUGGGAUUCCUGAAAUUAGCAGUACUGGCAAGAGGCAGGAAGUUCAAGGGCGCUCUGGAGAGGUUUCUGGCAUGAAUUCAGCCCUGGGACAAACAGUUAGCAGCAGCGGCGGCAGCAACAACAACAACAGUGGCUGCAAUAAUAUUAAUAAUAACAAUAACUGCAACAACACGAUUGGCAAUUGCAUUAAGAGCAAAGAAGAGAAACCGGGCAAGGGCUCGGGCAGGGGAGGCUCUAAGCGGGAUAAAGAGGGUGGCAGGUCUCGCAAGGAUAGCACUAAACACGAUGUGGGGGUGCACCCGGUCCCGGGACAGCCCCCCAUGUCGGUAGCGGGCUCAGCCGCAGCGCACCUCUUCAAUUUCGGCUCCAAGGGCGGCAGCGGCUCCCUGCAGUGCGGCGGAGGCGCGGGGGAGACCUCGCUCCGAGUGCAGGACAUCAAAACUACUCUGGAGCCGGGAAUCCUCGGCUGCCCUGUCGCGGCCAAGAAAGAGGAUGCAGAGAAUGACGGAGACACUGCCCGACCCGCCAAGAAACUGAAAACCGAAAAGGUUGAUCCUUUGUUCACUGUGCCUGCACCUCCGCCACCGAUCUCGGUGAGCGUGCCACCUCAGAUUCUGCCUUCCUACUUUCCUCCUUCCUCCAGCAUCACUGCACCAGUUGAGCAACUGUUAGUAAGAACUCGUUCAAUGGGAAUAAAUACUUGUGAGGUUGGAGUAGUGACUGAGCCAGAAUGCCUUGGACCAUGUGAACCUGGGACUAGCGUAAACCUGGAAGGGAUUGUGUGGCAUGAAACGGAGGAAGGUGUCUUGGUGGUUAAUGUGACCUGGCGAAAUAAAACCUAUGUUGGCACACUGCUGGACUGCACAAAGCAUGAUUGGGCACCCCCGAGAUUUUGUGAAUCGCCCACAAGUGACCUUGAAAUGCGAGCUAGCCGGGGCCGGGGGAAGAGGGCGCGCUCAAUUGCCAAUGCUCCGAUGAUCGACGUCGGCCUCGCAGAGUUCAGGGGCGUGCAAAGCAAGAACCGUGGCGGUGCCAAUGGGAAAGGCCGGCGCGGCAACCUGAACUCCAACGGCCGCAGGACUCCCCCGAACUGCGCCGUGGAGGAUGUGAAAACCAGCCCCUCGCCCGUCAAUAAGAGGAAGAACAAGCCCCCCACGGAACUGGACCUCAACUCGAGUUCCGAGGACACCAAGUGUGGGAAAAGGGUGCGCACCAACUCCAGGAGCACUCCCACCACACCGCAGGGGAAGCCCGAGCCUAUGUUUGUGGACCAGGGCUGCUCUUCCCCGGUACUCAUUGACUGCCCCCACCCAAACUGCAGCAAGAAGUACAAGCAUAUCAACGGCUUACGGUAUCACCAGGCUCACGCCCACCUAGAUCCGGAAAAUAAACUGGAAUUUGAGCCGGACAUCGAAGACAAGAUGUCGGAUUGCGACGAGGCUCUGAACGGCGUGGCGAUUGGCGUGGAGCCGUUAGAAGCUGGAAGCGGCGCUUUGCUUCCCGGCGCUGGGCUUGGCUACGAGCAGGUAAAGGCAACGCCGUCGCCCAUUUCCAACAGCACCCCGGGGACACCGAAGGGGCGCCGGGAUGUCACCAACAACACACAUAGCCCAGUCGUGAACUCUAAAUCCGGGAAAAACACGAGCAAAAAGAAAGGGCUUAGCAGUGACCUGAGCAACCUGCCCAUGAUCUCCAACAUGCCGGCUGCAUUGGAAAGUUGCUCAGUCCCUGAUGGCGGCGGCGGCUUAGCUUCGGAAAUGCCAAAGCUUGAGGUCGAGGGGGUGAUCGACAAGAAAAACGUGGUCGAGAAGGAGAAAGGCAAAAAGAACAGCGGUGGAAAAGUAGACAAAACGCUGUCGAAGUUGAAGACGACGAGACCUAUUGCCCCUGCACCUCCCCCGCCACAGCUGAUUGCUAUUCCCACUGCUACGUUCACCACCACUGCAGGGACAAUACCAGGGCUGCCCUCUCUCACUACAACUGUUGUCCAGGCAACACCAAAGAGCCCACCACUGAAACCUAUUCAACCAAAGCCUACCAUUAUGGGAGAGCCCAGCACGGUAAACCCAGCCCUGUCCUCGCUCAAGGAUAAAAAGAAGAAAGAGAAGCGAAAACUGAAGGACAAAGAGGGCAAAGAGACAGUAAGUCCUAAAAUGGACUCAAAGCUCGGGAAGCCCGAGGAUUUAAAGGCUUCCGCAAAAGAGCUGGCGGCACAUUUUUUAAAAGAACAUCUCAAUAAGAAUGAAGUGAUGGUGAAUGGUCUGUGUGACUCGCAGGAGAGCAGAAUGGCCAGCAUUAAGGCAGAGGCAGACAAGGUUUACACAUUCACCGACAAUGCUCCCAGCCCUUCGAUCGGGAGUGCCUGCAGGCUGGAAUGCACUGGUCUGGUGAAUGGACAAUCUCCCAUGGCGCCGCUGCAUGUUUUAACGCAAAAUGGCGGCGACGGACCGGCUACCAAAACCAACAGCCCCGCUUACUCGGACAUUUCUGAUGCUGCUGACGACGGAGGCUCUGAUAGCAGAUUAGAGGGCGUCAGGUCAAAGGUCAAUUCUUCCACAGAAACGAUUUCUGCCAAGGAGACUGUUGUAAAAACCCACUCCUCAGCCUCCUCUCAGCCAGCACAGAGCAAAGAGACUCAUUCGCCUUUUUAUCAUGGUUACGAGCCUUACUAUUCCCCCAAUUACAUGCACCCCAGUCAGGUCAGUAGCACGACAACAGGAAACCCUCCUUCGUCCCAGCGCACCAAAGUGAAAAAAGAGACGGAGGAAGUGGCCGAGAAGAAGGAUAAGGCGGAAGUUUUGGAGGUUAAGAAAAAUGAGCCGAGUGCGGUAAAUAUUCCGGCUCAGCACCAAUCCGUCAUUACACAAAGACACCCAGCACUUGCCCAGUCACUCUAUUAUGGACAGUAUGCAUAUGGGCUGUGUUAUGUUGACCAGAAGUCAAUAAUGACAAAUCCUUCCUACAGACAGCAGUACGAGAAGUUCUACGAAGAGCAGCGGUUCGCGGAGCAGAAACUGCAGCAGAUAGGGAGGGACAAUGAAAGAAAAGGGGAAGGUCAGCAGAAGGAACUGGGAAAAGAAGAGUUGAAGCAGAAAAACAUCCCCACCGCCACGGUCUCGAAAGCUCCUUCCACCCCAGAGCCAAACAAAAACAACACCAAGGGCAAGGACUCCUUCUUGCUGUCAGAUUCCUCGAAGCUGGGGAUCACAAACAAACCAGACGAGGCAGUGAAAUCACAGAUGCAGCAGCAACUGGCAGCUGAUGGGCUUAAAGCCAAACAAAUGGAGAAUCACCAGCUCAUCAAAGAAGCAGUGGAAAUGAAGUCUGUCAUGGACUCCAUGAAACAGACAGGAGUUGAUCCCACCCUGCGCUUUAAACAGGAGCCAGACACAAGGGCAUGGCAUCAUUAUGUUUACCAACCUAAAUAUAUGGAACAACAAAAAGGAGAUGACUUUGAACGAGAGAAAAAACAGAAGGAAGACAGUCCAAUUAAGGCCUCCACCAAAGGGGGAAACAUUAUCAAUGCUCCUGUUACAGUAACCAACAUAAAAGAAGAACCAAAAGAGGCUAAAAGGGCCGAAUCUCAGUCUCUUUCACUGGAGGAACAUAAAAAUAAAAGUGAUGACCGCAAGACUCCUGUCAUUGCAAAGGAUUCUCGAGGAGCUCGUGUUGCUGUCUCAUCACCAAUGAAUCAGCAUCAGUCUUACAUUCAGUAUCUGCACGCUUACAAUCCAUAUUCACAGAUAUAUGACCCAGCAUAUCGAGCAGUGUCCCCGGUCCUAAUGCACAGUUACCCAGGGGCCUACCUGUCUCCAGGGUUUCACUACCCCGUCUACGGAAAGAUGUCAAGCCGAGAGGAAACAGAGAAAUCAAGCACAAGUCCCAAUGUAAGCACUAAACCAGCGGCUGAAUCCAAGGCACUGGAUUUACUUCAGCAGCAUGCCAAUCAGUACCGCAGCAAGUCUCCAGGGGAACACUCUGCUGACAUGAGGAGAACUGACUGGGCACCAUCAGAAGUGACGACUGGUUGCUCAAACACCUUCCAAAGUCUACAGAGUGUGCUGCAAUUAACACCUGCUGAAAAGGCUCCACCUGAAUGUGAGCGGGAAGCUGACCGAGACCGGGAAAGGGAACGUCAUUCACCUUUUGCACAACGACAUGUUCACACCCAUCAUCACACCCAUGUUGGAAUGGGCUACCCACUAAUACCAGGCCAAUAUGACCCAUAUCAAGGGCUGACAUCUGCUGCCAUUGUUGCCGGUCAGCAGGUGGCUGCGCAAGCUUCUGCAUCCGCCAUUUUCCCAGCACAGAGAAGGGAGUGAUGGCAUUGUGAGUGUACAUUGAAUUAUACUCAUGUGACUGGAUCACAUGAAGAAGAGGUUUAUACAGACAUCAGUUCCAUGGUGUUGAAUUCAAAUGCCUUGAUGUCAGGCAAAACCAGUCAUUUCAUAUUUGUAAAUUGCAAAUUUUAUAACUGAGUUACAAAUGUUGCUGUAAUUAAACUUUUGUUUAAAUAUAUUCUUUACCUUUUGUUUUUCUUUUGUAUUGGUAACCAGGGUCAUAACGGCAGGGUCAGUUAUUGUUGGCAAUUGUCACAGUACGUUUCUGUUUCCUGAAAGUGUUAUCAAUAAAAGACAACAAUUGCUUGGUUUUAUAGAGCAUACUGUUCUGGGUAGGUGUUUCCUUGACCGUGUAUGGCAUUUUGACAGAUUCUGUAGACCCUCGGAGAGGCUAACUGUGACAGUGACACUUUGGUACAGUGUAUACGUGUACUUGGUGGCUCCUUGAAAACACUAUUUAAAUGCAUCUGUGUGCUAACUGUAUUCACAUGUCCACUGCAUUGUUGUUUAUUGUGAAGAUUAUACAAGCAGAGGGCUCUGAGGGUCAUUAGAUUGUAUAUAUAAUGUACAGGUUUGAAAUGGAAAAUAAUGAGCAUCUGUGAAUAUAAAAUGUCUUUAUGAUAUUGAAUGGCUGAUUACCCCAUAGCCGACAUAACCCCUUCCACCCACCCAUACAAGAAGACAUCUGUGAUUGUUUAUUACUUGAACUAGUUUGGCAGUUUUAAAUGUUUACAAUUAUCCAGAUUUAGGAAGAACUUGCGCAGUUACCUGGUUACUUAUUUUAUGCUGUAAUCUAGUUUAUUUUAUGUAAAGUGUAUAUUGAAUGCUUUCAUUUUUUAUACUUGCCUUAAAUAAUUCGGCAAUCAGAAUAAAAAAAAAUGUUUUUGGUA